CUCUUCCCCUCCCUUCCACUCUCUAAAAAUCAAUGGAAAAAAUAUCAUCGGGUGAGGAUUAACAAGAACAACAAGAAAUACCACCACUAACUAUGAUGAUAGUGGAAGUAUUCAACACAAUAAUAAUUAUAUUGUCACAUUAGGAGGCUGGGGUGCGUGUCCCUGACCAGGCUGUGGGCCAAGGGCCAUGGCCAGGGCUAGCCAGAGGCCAGGGGACAUGCAGGAGCUGGACUGCAGGAGGAGGCGGCCUCCCAGCCCACCUCGUGCCAGUCCGUGUUGUGCCGGGGCUCUGGUUAUGCCAGGAUGUUGCCAUGUGUUUUAUUUAACCCUCGCACUGGGAGGUCUGUUAUAUGCUGACUAUGACUCCUGUUUUGUGGAUUAAAUAACUGAGGUUCCGACAGCCUACGUGACUUGUCCUCUGUCUCAGAGCCACUGGAAGGGAAGGAACGGGGCUGAGAGCCCAGGCUGGGAGCUCGCUGUAAAAGGGUUUGGGCUGGAAGUCUGGGCGCCAGUCUCUUCGCCUCUCGGAGUCUGUGCCCUUGAACGAGGGGCUGUCACCUUGAGGUCUUCAUCUCAGAAGCACGGGAGUCGGGCCGUACUGUGCUUCUUUCUUCCUUGCCUCUAAGUCUGUGACUGGCACCUGCUUCUGCAUAUUUUGCGUCCAUCCCAUCCCCAUCCUACUGCCCCCUUUCCAGUUGUUCCACCUGAAAUCUGAAAUCCCCCUUCAGUUUCACUUCAAAGUGUCCCCCAUUCAGAGAGUCCUCUUGGGAGUCCUGGUCUGGCCCAGCCCAUUAGGGCAGCCCCUGAAGGGAAGCCUGUCGCUGCCCCUUUAAUUCCCCCUGGGCUUGGAAUGUAGUGAGUGGAGCUAGCUGGCCAUGGCUGUGAGGUCAGAUAAGAUGCUAUAUAUAUCAGUCAGCAACCUGAGCCGGGUUACCAGCCCAGAGGCGUACUCCAGGGCCACCAGGGCUCGCCACGCGCUCCGGCCCAGCCGGGGAAGGGAGCCCCCAGAUCCUGCCCAUUGCCCCCCAGCACAGCCCAUGAGGCUCCCGGUCCCCACUGAGCACAGCCCUGAAGGAUGUCCCAGCUCUCCUCCACGCUGAAGCGCUACACGGACUCAGCACGCUACGCAGACACCCCUUACGCCAAGUCAGGCUAUGGCUCCUACACCCCCUCCUCCUAUGGCGCCACCCUGGCUGCCUCCUUCCUAGAGAAGGAGAAGCGGGGUUUCAAGCCGGGCCCCCCGGCCAGCUUCCUCACCCGGCCCAGUACCUAUGGCCCUUCCUCCAUUCUGGAUUAUGACCGGGGCCGCCCCCUGCUGAGACCAGAUGUCCUCGGGGGUGGUAAGAAGGCAGAGAGCCAGGCUCGAGGCCUCGAGCGGCCAGUAGGGAGCGGACUCAGUGGGGGCAGUGGAUUCCCAUAUGGAGUGACCAGUAGCUCCCUCGGCUACCUGCCUAUGAGUGCCCGCAGCCAGGGGCUGCCCCUGACGCAGAAGAAGUCCAGCAGUCAGCUCGACCUGGCCAGGGACUUCUCCAGCCUGCGGGCCUCGGAGAGCUACCGCCUGGACCCCGGGACCCUGGGCCGCAGCCCCGGGCUGGCCCGCACCCGCCGGGAGCUGUGUGCCCUGCAGGGCCUCUACCAGGCAGCCAGCCACUCGGAGUACCUGGCCGACUACCUGGAGAACUACGGGCGCAAGGGCAGCACCCCUCAGCUUCCUGCCCAGGCUCCUCCCUCGCGAGUCCCUGAAGUCCUCAGCCCCACCUACCGACCCAGCGCCCGGUACACUCUGUGGGAGAAGGGGAAGGGCCUGGCCCCUGGGCCCAGCCGCAGCAGCUCCCCAGGGCAGGACACCACGAACUCUAAGGGCGCCCAGGGUCUGGCUGGCCUGCGCAACCUUGGGAACACGUGCUUCAUGAACGCCAUCCUGCAGUGCCUGAGCAACACGCGAGAGCUGCGGGACUACUGCCUGCAGCGGCUCUACCUGCGGGACCUCGGCCACAGCAGCCACGCGCACACGGCCCUCAUGGAAGAGUUUGCCAAGCUGAUCCAGGCCGUAUGGACUUCGCCUCUCAAUGACGUGGUGAGCCCCUCAGAGUUCAAGACCCAGAUCCAGAGAUACGCCCCGCGCUUCGUGGGCUAUAAUCAGCAGGAUGCUCAGGAGUUCCUCCGCUUCCUUCUGGAUGGGCUGCACAAUGAGGUAAACCGAGUCACAGUGAGGCCUAAGUCCACCCCUGAGAACCUCGAUCACCUUCCUGAUGACGAGAAAGGGCGGCAGAUGUGGAGGAAAUACCUGGAGCGGGAAGACAGUCGGAUUGGGGAUCUCUUUGUGGGGCAGCUGAAGAGCUCCCUGACCUGCACGGACUGCGGCUACUGCUCCACGGUCUUCGACCCCUUCUGGGACCUCUCGCUGCCCAUCGCGAAGCGGGGUUAUCCCGAGGUGACCUUAAUGGACUGCAUGAGGCUCUUCACCAAAGAGGACGUGCUCGAUGGCGACGAGAAGCCUACGUGCUGCCACUGCCGCGCCCGGAGGCGUUGCCUAAAGAAGUUCUCCAUCCAGAGGUUCCCCAAGGUCCUGGUGCUCCAUCUGAAACGGUUCUCCGAGUCCAGGGUGCGGACCAGCAAGCUCACAACGUUUGUCAACUUCCCGCUGAGAGACCUGGACUUGAGGGAAUUCGCUUCAGAAAACACCAACCAUGCUGUUUACAACCUGUACGCCGUGUCCAAUCACUCCGGAACCACCACGGGCGGCCACUACACCGCGUACUGCCGGAGCCCAGCCACCGGCGAAUGGCACACGUUCAAUGACUCCAGCGUCACCCCCAUGUCCUCCAGCCAAGUGCGCACCAGCGACGCCUACCUGCUCUUCUACGAGCUGGCCAGCCCGCCCUCCCGCAUGUAGCGGCAGAGCUACCCCCUCUCCCUGCCGCGGUGGCCCUACGCCCGACGACGUGUUUUUUUAAAAAAACAAACAAGCAAACCUGACAGAUAAGAGAAAAAUAAAGUACGUAAAGCUGCGGAGCAGGAGUGGCUGCGGCCUGGGCGGGCUGGAGCCCGCGCCCACAGCGAGGACCCCAGGACCCUCGGCUUCUCCCGGCGCAUCGUUACGCCUCUGGUUUUUCCCGCGUGAAGUCAGCAGCAGUGGCGCGUGGGAGAGGACCCUCUGCUGCCUGCUCCUCCGAGAGGACGGCGCCCCCGGAGCCGGGCACCCCCCGGGACCCUGUGCAACGACCGUCCAGAAGCAAGAGACACCCCAGGAGCCAGGAGCCCGCUCAGCGCUAAGUCCCGGACAGACCAGGGCGCAUCUUGGAAAAAAGCUGUUGUUGGCUUUUAAAAGCCCAGUUUUUUGUGCCGGCCCUCACUCAAGUGUUCAGACUGGAGACGCCCUCUGCUCCCCUCUGCCCAGCAGGGGCGGCCGGUGGUCUUCUCUCUCUUCAGAUACACGUUUUCUAAGCUCGCUAGGCAGGCGUCCAGGCCCACGCACGGCACUGGAGGCCUGGAUCUAACGAGUUUUGGUUUUUAGGGUUUUUGUUGUUUUCUUUCUUUUUUUAAUGUUUUGGAUGGAAUCUAGUUGCCUCUAAGAAUUGUGCCUUAUAGCAUUUGGGGACCAGGGGCGUGACUGUCCCUCCCUGAAAUAUCCCACAGCCACUUCCCUUGGCCCCACACCAUGUCUGGACUGACUGGGGGAGGUCGGGCCAUGCCCUUAGCCCCCGGCUGGCUGGCAUCGCAGUGAGAUGGAGAAGAAAGGGGGUGAGAGGAUAUUUCUUGCGAUGUAGUGUAUCAGGUUCCCCUGCCCGCUUCCUCCCCUCACCCCCCCGCACCACCCAUCACUCCCAGCUGUUUGAAGGACAGCUCAGUCCCUGUCCCUAGAGCUCCUCCGCCUUUAACUUAUUCCCUCUUACCCUGCGUUUUCUCCCUGACCUCCGCCCGCCCCGCCUUCUCAGAGCCUCCUGCACCGUUUCUCAGGGAUGCCCGCACCACCCUCCCCGGGCACCAGUGCCCAGGCCUGCCCGGGGGUGUGCCCAGGGUGCUGAGACGCCUUGCCUCAGCCCCGUGAUGUUUUCCCAGGGGCAGGGUUUGCCUUGAGCAGUCGGCAGACUUCGGUGCUGCCCCAGGGAGUCGGGCUGCUCCUGCACCAGGCAGGGAGCUCUCUGCACCACUUGUGCCAGGAGCCGAGCCAGCAGCUUCCCGGUGCUCCCAGGAGGAGGCGUCAGGGAGAGACCCCGCACUUCGCUGGCCUGGCACCCUUCUCUAGGGAAGCCCUGUGGCCCUGAGCCAGGGGCGGCGGACACGUGUUUACUGUGUAAGCAAGAGGAGAGCGGCGAAUGCACACGGGGCCUCGUAAGGAAUAAAGCCCAGCGUGGAGGGAGCCAUGGUCUGUGACGCAGUCUUGGUCGGGAGGCUGUGGACUCGGAGAGCCUGCGCGUCAGAGACCAAAUCCUCCACUGCCCCAACCAGAGUGCGUUCAGGUCCUGGGAGGCGGGCUGCCCACCUCUUAGUUUACGCGCUUCUAUAAAAGCUGAACCAGUGCACAUUCUGAACACUGUUCAUCUGGACUCGCUGAUAAACAUACUUACUGAUAUUUUAAAUGCCA